AUGCCAAAGAACGCCGAAUACCGGCCACAUGAGGGCAAAUUUGGGAUCGUGACUGGGGGCUCGAGAGGGAUCGGAGCCGCCAUCGCUCGCAAUCUAGCUGCCAAAGGGUGCUCCCUCCUUCUCAUCUACACGUCCGACUCAUCGACCGAACCCACGCAAGCUCUCUGCAAAGAGCUCUCUGAGGCCCAUGAUGUCCUCUGCUUCCCGGUGCAGGCCGACCUCGCCGAGCCGACUCGCAGCAUCCCUCACAUCCUGGUCACCGCAAAGAACCACUUUUCGCACCCUCGGACGGGCACGUUCCAGGUGGACAUCAUCGUCAACAAUGCGGGCAUCGCCGGGAACAAACUGCUGAACGAUCCGGACAUGGGUGCGAUUGAAGAAACACAAUUCCGAAAACAAUACAACGUGAAUGUCCUUGCACCGUUACUGCUGGUUCAGGCGUGCCAGCCAUACCUCCCCAAAGACCGGUCCGGACGCAUCGUCAACGUCUCGAGCGUGUCGUCGUCCAUCGGCUGCGAGUCACAGUCCAUAUAUGCAGGGACGAAGGCGGCGCUGGAAGCCAUGACGCGGGUGUGGGCACGAGAGCUGGCGGAAAACUGCACAGUCAAUGCGAUCAACCCAGGGCCCGUGUGGGGAGACAUGUACAGCAUGGCGGGAGAGAAGUUCUGGAAAACCAACCAGAAAUAUGUGGACAGUGCGCCGCUGAUGGAUUACAAGGGCGGUGAUGACACGGUCAGAGCCCGGGCGGGCGGUGACCUUGAGGAAUACGAUCGCAUCGUGUUGCAAGGCAUGGGUGGGAAGCGGCCAGGAUUCACUGAUGAGAUUGCGGGCGUGGUGGGCAUGCUUUGCUCCGACGAGAGCGGAUGGACGACAGGCAGCGUGAUCUGUGCGAACGGUGGCAUGAAAAUGUCAAUAGCAUGA